UUUUAAAUUUAAACACUUAAAUUAUUUAUAUUUCUUUUUUUUUUAAUAUUUUGAAUUUUCAGACAGGAUGCCGCCGGGGGUAAAGCGGAAGCGGAGGGAAUCUGGAUCAGACGACGAAGUGGUGCAAACUUCUGAUGGAGGUGAAAUGACUACUGGUUAUAUAACAAAGAUAAAAUUAACAGACUUCAUGUGUCAUCACGAAUUUACAUGGAAACCAAAGGAAAUCAACUUCUUGAUUGGAGAAAAUGGUUCCGGGAAAAGUUCAAUUCUUCAAGGAAUGGUUCUAGGUUUACUGGGUAAAUCUAAGGUUACAUCAAGGUUCAGCAAACUUGGGGAUUUUGUUCGUAAAGACUGUCAGAAAUCUGUGAUUGAGAUAUCUCUAUGCAAUGAAGGAAAAGAUGCCUGGGAUCCGAAAACCUACGGAAAUACUAUUAUCGUCCAAAGAACAAUUUAUGCAUCAAAAGCCAAUAAACUUUUACUUCAGAAUUGGAAAGGGGAGACGGUAUUUCAGGAAGAAAAGAAGGCUCGGGACGAGCUCUCAAGGAUUCUUCAUAAAUUUGAUAUUUUUAUAGAUAAUCCUCUCGUUAUACUUCAGCAGGAGGUUGCAAAAUCAUUGCUGAACGAUCUGAAGCCUGAGAAGAUGUUUAUGUUCAUCAUGAAGGCCACAAUGUUAGAGGAAAUAAGAAGUUGGUAUAAGGCAUAA